UUUAUUUUGAAGUCGAACCGUAGAUGUUCCGGUUCCGGUUGAGUGUUAUUGUGGCUAGCUUCACACGGGUGAGUUACAUUCAAUUCCAGCUGCGAGUCACACGCCUUUACAACUCGGGGACACUUGUUUUCUGUAUGAGAAGUAGUGUUGCAGCAGGAUGCCAGGCAAGGCAGCAGACAUGUUUCAACCUGGGGACUUGGUCUUCGCCAAGAUGAGGGGCUUCCCCCACUGGCCGGCCAGGAUUGCCCGGGGCGAGAGCUCUAAGAGGAAGGUUCCGGUGUUCUUCUUUGGAACUCACCAGACAGCAUCCAUACCCACUGAAAAUAUAGUGACCUACGUAGGGAACAAGGGCAGAUAUGGGAAAGGAGUGCGCAUUAGAGGCUUCACAGAGGGAAUGUGGGAGAUAGAGAACACUCCUAGAGUAUGCAGCAAACAGAAGGUGGGUGGUACCCCAGCCAAAAAGGAGCAAGAAGAUAAAAAGCCAGACCAGUCCAAGACAUCUGCACCGGUCAAAGCCCCAAUAAAGGCCCCUAAAACACCAGCGAAGGUUAUCAAGACAGUGGCAGUGACGGCCCCGAGAAACCAAAAAACAUCUGCCGACGGCCAACAGAAAACUGACACGAGAGCUGAGAAAAGGAAAAAGAUUGAAACGCGUUCUACCCAGGACGAGCCUGUCCAAGGGCAGAAGACAGCCCCGACCAGUUCAACUGUAAUCCCACCAGCCAGCAAGAAGACAAGAUUGACGGAGGAGAAAAGCUCCUCCACUACAAAAAGCAAGAGAGAGAAGACCACAGAAGAGGGAAAGAAACGGGUGGAGAGUCGAGGGAGGAAAAAGGAUGAUGGGGGAGAGAAGACAACAGAAGAGGGAAAGAAACGGGUGGAGAGUCGAGGGAGGAAAAAGGAUGAUGAGGGAGAGAAGACAACAGAAGAGGGAAAGAAAUGGGUGGAGAGUCGAGGGAGGAAAAGGAAAAAGGAUGAUGAGGGAGAGAAGAUAAAGGAAGUUGGCGUUGAAGAGGGAAAGAUUGAAGUCAGAAAGAUGAGGGAGGUGGAAAGUUUAGAAACAGACAAAGAAGUAAUCCACAAGGAAGAGGUUAAGAAGGGGAGCGAGGAGGGUGGUGGGGUAGCAGUGAAGGGGAACGAGGAGGAGGAGGGUGGGGUAGCAGUGAAGGGGAGCGAGGAGGAGGAGGGGGGUGGGGUAGCAGUGAAGGGGAACGAAGACGAGGAGGGGGUUGGGGUAACAGUGAAGGGGAACGAAGAGGAGCAGGGUGGGGUAGCAGUGAAGGGGAACGAAGAGGAGGAGGGGGUGACCAAUGCUGUCACAGAGAACAGUCCUGGUCAGGAUGAAGAGCGCCGGCGGCGUCUUGCGGCCAGGAGAGAGAGUGUCCUGAAGUCUCUACAAGGACUUCUCACUAGAAGGAAGGGCCUGAGAAGACAGAGCCUUAAACCUACACGGACACCGAAAAAUGGUGCUGGAGGGAAGAAAGCUGAAGAGAAGAAGAGUAGAAAGACAGGUGGGCAGAAAAGGGACAGAAAAACAGCGAGCAAGACAACAGGCGGCAAGACAACAGGCGGCAAGACAACAGGCGGCAAGACAACAGGCGGCAAGACAACAGGCGGCAAGACAACAGGCGGCAAGACAACAGGCGGCAAGACAACAGGCGGCAAGACAACAGGCGGCAAGACAACAGGCGGCAAGACAACGGAGAGCAAGAAAACAGCGGAGGCUGAGAAGUCUGACUCGACCCGGUCGGAGGCUAAGAAGUCUGACUCGACCCGGUCGGAGGCUAAGAAGUCUGACUCGACCCGGUCGGAGGCUAAGAAGUCUGAAUCGACCCGGUCGGAGGCUAAGAAGUCUGACUCGACCCGGUCGGAGGCUAAGAAGUCUGACUCGACCCGGUCGGAGGCUAAGAAGUCUGACUCGACCCGGUCGGAGGCUAAGAAGUCUGACUCGACCCGGUCGGAGGCUGAGAAGUCUGACUCGACCCGGUCGGAGGCUGAGAAGUCUGACUCGACCCGGUCGGAGGCUGAGAAGUCUGACUCGACCCGGUCGGAGGCUGAGAAGUCUGACUCGACCCGGUCGGAGGCUGAGAAGUCUGACUCGACCCGGUCGGAGGCUGAGAAGUCUGACUCGACCCGGUCGGAGGCUGAGAAGUCUGACUCGACCCGGUCGGAGGCUGAGAAGUCUGACUCGACCCGGUCGGAGGCUGAGAAGCCUGACUCGACCCGGUCGGAGGCUGAGAAGCCUGACUCGACCCGGUCGGAGGCUGAGAAGCCUGACUCGACCCGGUCGGAGGCUGAGAAGCCUGACUCGACCCGGUCGGAGGCUGAGAAGCCUGACUCGACCCGGUCGGAGGCUGAGAAGCCUGAAUCGAACCGGUCGGAGGCUGAGAAGCCUGAAUCGAACCGGUCGGAGGCUGAGAAGCCUGAAGCCAAGAAAGCGGAGACAGAGAAGGUAGAGAGACGACAGGAGGAGGAGCCUAAAUCACCUCAGAGAGGUGCACUAGGGGACGACCAGAUAACAGACAGUGUGUCUAUUCUACAUUCCGCUAAAGAAUCUAUCACUCUGACGGACUCCACCCUUCACCGUAUACACGGAGACAUACGCAUCUCUCUGAAGACGGACAACCCUGACAUUAGUAAGUGUCUGACAGCGCUGGAUCAACUCAGUAUGGUCUAUGUAACAUCACAACACGUCCAGAGACACAGUGAACUCAUCACUACUCUCAGAAAGAUGCGUCGUUUCCGCAGUAACCAGGACGUGAUGGACAAGGCGUCGAUGCUCUACAACCGCUUCAAGAACGCGUUCCUAUUGGUUAACGACAAGGAUAACGUCAUCAGCCCCGAGUUCCUCCGCUCGCUCCUGGAGGAGAAAGAGAGAGAGGAAGAGGAGAGGGUGGAGAGAUGGAGGGAGAAACAGAAGAGGAGAGGAGAGGUGCUGCAGGAGGUUCGCAGGAGAAUGAGUCAACUGGAAGAGAGAAGGGGAGGAGAGAAGGGAGUCGUCGCGACUGAGAAGAAGGAAGAGGGGCUGCAGGAGGAUGGAAGCUCCGAACUACAAUAGAAUCAUCCUGAGCUCCGCUGGGAGAACCGAGCAGGGUGAAGUUGCCCUUAGACUCUGAUCUUGGUGCAGGUUACAAUUUCGACCACUAAUGGUUGAAGGUUAAAUAUUUGGGGAGGGAAACUGAUUCUAGAUCUGUACCUGGUGGGGACAGAACAAUGGAACAUACCAGCUCAGAAUCAGAGGGGGGUGAACAGGGAACAUACCAACUGUCCAACUUGGGUUAUGAUGUUUCUUAACCCUCCCUUGUCCACUCAAGAGUAUUUGGAAAACCUCCUCACCCAUAUCCAUUGGUGCACACCGUUUCAAAAUAAACAUUUGCAGACGUUUUUGCAAUGGAAAAGGACAACGAGUGUUGUUUUUUUUUGGUAACAAGUUCAGGUUAAGUCUUGUUGUGAAUAGGGCUCGGGUGUUUUCUUAAAGACAGACUGACCUGUGGAGUGUCUUAAGUCUCUCUCCUUUCCCUGAGGAAUUAGAGAAGUUUUUCUCUGAUGGUUUUAAUAAAGAAGCCCUACUUAUAGAAACCAGAGAAUAGUUCAGUCUACAAAUGUUUUUACUUUCCUGAUGAUUUUUUUAUUAUUUUUUUACUAUUAUUAUUUUUUUUAUAUACCUUGUAUGUUCUCUUAAAUACUAUACUUCAUGUUGUUGUAUAGUUUUAACGGUAAUCUAUAGACUUUAUUCUACUUAGCCUGAAUUCUACUUUUGCUCGUAUUCUUUCCCUGCAAUAUGUAGCCUAGUUACCACAUUGGAUUAUUGCUUUAGCCAGAUGGCUAAUUUGGCUAGUUGUCUGAACCAGAUCUGCUUCAGACAGGUAAUAUUACCCUUCAGGUAUCUCCCGUUCCAUAGCCAUCACUGCUCAUGGUUGUAACCCCCCCCCCCCCCCAGAGAGCAAGACAGUAGCACACAAGCUGCCAUGUUGAAUUGACGCACCUGAAGGAAUGUCCAGAGAAAUUGAAGCAAAGACUACAUUGUCAACGAGAUAUUCCACUAUAGUCAGUAAAUCAGCGUUGCCUGUGAGUAGUCUAAAACGUCUGGCUGAUUCAUUCCAGGACAGACAGCAUUAUAUUUGAACCCCCCUUGAUUCAACUGCAGUGAUACUUGUUUUCACACACACACACAGAGAGAGAGAGAGAGAGACACAGACAGGAGUUGUUCUGUGAAUGGUUUUUAAAGGGGGAGAACAAACACUUUGGUUUGACACUGUGGAGUAGAUUGUUACACUUUUAGAUAUGUUUUACAGUUGUCAUUUUACUGGUAUAAAAGUUAGCAUUAAUUCAGGUUACACUGUCAUCAAUAAACCGUUCUGUCACGUUAUUACUGAGUAAUUCAGGUUACACUGUCAUCAAUAAACCGUUCUGUCACGUUAUUAAUGAGUAAUUCAAUUUACACUGUUGUCAAUAAACCGUUCUGUCACGUUAUUACUGAGUAAUUCAGGUUACACUGUCAUCAAUAAACCGUUCUGUCACGUUAUUAAUGAGUAAUUCAGGUUACACUGUUGGUCAAUAAACCGUUCUGUCACGUUAUUAAUGAGUAUUAAUUCAGGUUACACUGUCAUCAAUAAACCGUUCUGUCACGUUAUUAAUGAGUAUUAAUUCAGGUUACACUGUUGGUCAAUAAACCGUUCUGUCACGUUAUUAAUGAGUAUUAAUUCAGGUUACACUGUUGGUCAAUAAACCGUUCUGUCACGUUAUUAAUGAGUAAUUCAGGUUACACUGUCAUCAAUAAACCAUUCUGUCACGUUAUUAAUGAGUAAUUCAGGUUACACUGUUGGUCAAUAAACCGUUCUGUCACGUUAUUAAUGAGUAUUAAUUCAAGUUACACUGUCAUCAAUAAACCGUUCUGUCACGUUA